UCUCUAGCCUUCCAUGUCCACAGAGUCCCCAGGUUCUGGCUGUGGUGUUCCAGCCCAGAUAAGCUCACAGCAGGGUCCAGAGAUGGUCUCAGUGAAGCUGGAGGACUGCAGUCAAACACUGGAACUUAAUGUGAUUGUCAAAGAGGAAUGGGAGGAGAGAGGAAUCGAGGAGGAGAGAGAAGUAAAAGAGGUUGAUCAGAGAGCAGUCAAAGAGGAGGUGGAGAGAGAAGUCAAAAAGGAAGUAGAGAUGGCAGUCAAAGAAGAGCAUGAGAGAACAGUCAAAGAAGAAGAGCAGGGGGAGCAAACAGUCAAAGAAGAAGAGCAGGGGGAGCAAACAGUCAAAGAAGAAGAGCAGGGGGAGCAAACAGUCAAAGAAGAAGAGCAGGGGGAGCAAACAGUCAAAGAAGAAGAGCAGGGGGAGCAAACAGUCAAAGAAGAAGAGCAGGGGGAGCAAACAGUCAAAGAAGAGCAGGAGAGAGCAGCCAAAGAAGAGCAGGGGGAGAGAGCGGUCAAAGAAGAAGAUGAGAACAGGGAAGUGUCUGCUCCAGAUCUAGAGGAGGAGGAGGAGGAAGAAGUGCAUAGUAUCCCUGACCCAGGAGAGAGCUCCCAUCCAGGCUCAGACAGCGAUCCCAGUACCACAGCAUCAGGAAACCAUAAACGCAGGCAGAGGAACUCAAGACAGAAACAUCACAACAGCAUGGACUGCUUCACUGGUUUCUAUGAACCAGAGGAGUUGAAAAGGCACACUUGUAGGCCAAGACCCUGUUCAGAUUGCAGAGGCAGUUUUAUCUGUCCAAUUCACUUAAAAUCACACCAACAAACUCUCAAAAUAAAGAAAAUGUACCCGUGCGCUCAUUGUGAGAAGAGUUUUCAGACCCCAAGCAGCUUGAAGACUCACCAGCUUAAUCACAAGGGAAAUAAGUCGUACCACUGCUUUCAGUGUGGGAAGAGGUUCUGUCGUGUAGACACCUUAAAGGCUCACAAGAGAAUACACACAGGAGAGAAGCCUUUUCACUGUUCUCAGUGUGGGAAGAGCUUCAGUGAUAUAGGAAAUCGAAAUAAACACCAGAGAAUACACACAGGAGAGAAGACUUACCACUGCUCUGAGUGCGGGAAAAGUUUCAAUCAGUUAUCACAUUUAAAACCACACCAGCUAACUCACACAAGUGAGAAGCCUUUUCACUGCUCUCAGUGUGGGAAGGGUUUCAGUCUGUCAUCAUAUCUGAAGAAGCACCAGGUAAUGCACACAGAAGAGAAACCAUACAGCUGUGAUCAUUGUGGGAAGAGUUUUAAAUUGGAAGGAAUCCUUAAGCGUCAUCAGAGAAUACACAGUGGAGAGAAGACUUACCACUGCUCAGAGUGUGGGAAGUGUUUCAGUGUGUCAUCAUAUCUGAAGAGACACCAGCUAACUCACACAGGAUUAAAGUCACACCACACAGGAAUAAAGUCACAACACUGUUCCCACUGUGGGAAGAGCUUCAGUAAGAAAGCUGACCUAAAGAAACAUCAGAGAACACACACAGGGGAGAAGCCUUUCCACUGCUCCCAAUGUGGGAAAAGCUUUAAUGAGAAAGGAAAUCUAAAGCAACACCAGAGAAAACACUCAGGAGAGAAGCCUUGCCACUGCUCCCAAUGUGGAAAAAGCUUCAGUUGGGUAAUAGACCUAAGAAACAUCAGAAAGUACACAAAGAGGAGAAGCCUUUCCACUGCUCCCAAUGUGGGAAGAGCUUCAAUGAGAAAGGAAAUCUAAAGCAACACCAGAGAAGACACUCAGGAGAGAAACCGUACAGCUGUGAUCAGUGUGGGAAUUGUUUUAAAUGGAAACAAAGCCUGAAGGAACAUCAGAAGGCAAAGCACAGUGCAGUGCCAGACCAUGGCCUUAUAAUUGUGUUACCAAGCUGGGCAUCUACAUCUAAUUAAUAUUUACAUUAACCAGGUUUCCAUCUAACCUUUGUAUGUGAGUAAACUUGGCUGUAAGCUUUUCAAAUGUCGACCAAACAAAAUAUGCUUGACAAGGUGGGGAUCUUUUUGUGUCUGUAAAAUGUAUUAUGUGAGAAAUGUUGGUGGAAAUGCUCUUAUGUGUUAAUAUUGAUAUUGUAAUCAUCACAUCAGCAAUCAUCAUAUGGGGCGGCAGGUAGCCUAGUGGUUAGAGCGUUGGGCCAGUAACCAGUGUUGGGCCAGUAACCAGUGUUGGGCCAGUAACCAGUUUUUAUUUGGCUACAUUAAAACAUAAGCAAAAAAUUUGAUUUUGUUUGCACUGAAUUUAUAUCUGCAACGAGUCCAUUUGGUGGAAACACACAACUGGUGGGAAAAUGUGCAUAUUACCUGUAUGCUGAUGUUAGAAUAUUUGAUGAAAAUCUGUCGCCAAUUGGAUGAAAACCUAGCUAGUGUUGCACAUUUGUAAGGCUAAAUAGAUGUAAUAUUUGCCAUCUGUAUUCUAGUAUGUUGAAUUAUGCAAAAGAGCAAGAUUUCUGACAACUUAAGACACCACUGAUCGAGUCUAGUCACAAGUCAUGUAAAUCGAUUACGAGUGAAGUCUGAGUACUGGACUCAAGUACUACAACACUGACAGCCACUCCUCUAUUGGGAAUGUUUUAUUUGUGAAAAUGUAUGUAAUUUCUCUAGUGUUGGUCUGGUCCAGAAACUAACUUCAACUAGACCCCCAUUGUAGAUCUGAAGAAACUGAUAAACAUCUGGUAUUUUUCUUAUUAAAAACAAACCCAUUUGAUUUAUUUGAGCUAAAACCAAAUGUAAUUUUCUUCUCAUGUUUAAUUGUACCCAAAUAAAAACGUAAAGUUCAGUGUGUUUCCAUCACACUUUCAACUCUACUGAUGGUUUUGUUAUAAAACUGUUGCGUUAAAUUGGCACAUGCGCUCUAGCCAACAGCUCACAGAUACAGCUAAACUUCCAAACCCUUUAAAUUAGUCAGGUUUACAUUUUUAAUAGGUUUAAAUGUCACAUUCAGCUUUGUGUAAUCUUUUUCUGUGUCAUUAUGUUUGUGUUCAUUUGUGAUUCAAUGUCAGCGUUCUGAGACACCAUGAUGUAAAAACGGAAUAUUACCGUACUGUUCAUGCUGGUUAGUGCUAAAUGUGGGCAUCGUUCAGGAUACCUGUUUGUAUUAUCACUACCUAACCUAACUGAAGAGAUUGCAUUAGGUGUAGUAGCUCCGUUCAACCAAAAGAUGGAACUAUCGAACCUUAAUAAAAACAGCUUGAGUAAAAAGUUG